AUGGGAAACAAAGGAUCAAACUCAAGCCUUUCUGAUAUCUUCAGUGGCUAUAGCGAUGAUGAAAACAUAGAAAUUAUCCAAGAAGAAACUAAAGUCUCCGUAGCAGCUACUUCUAAUCCUCAAAGAUUGCAAUUAUCAAUGAAAGCAGCCUUAAGUUACCUUCAGCUGAACAGUUCGGCAGCCCAAGAACUGCCUUGUUCUUUUUCUAUGCAAGCUUUGGAAUCAUCUCCAACUGAAGGAGGAGUACGCCAGGGUAUUGAUAUUGUAUGUGUUAUUGAUGUAAGUGGAAGCAUGCAAGGAGAUAAGAUUGAACUAACCAAAAAAACAUUAGAGUUCAUGGUAGGCAAGCUAGAACCAAAGGAUCGCAUGAGUUUAGUGUUAUUUAGCUCCGAAGUAAGAAGAAUACUCCCACUAAUCUUACUAAAUUAUAUUAUUAUAAUAACUCUUUUAUCAGUCAAUAUCACGCCGCCGCUCUUUAGGUUUCACUUUUUUCUCAGGUUUGCACUAGUGCUUGCUAAAAUAGGAUUGUGAAUAUUUUGACGAAUGCUCUUCCAGCUUCAAGCAAAUCUUUUUUAUUAUCAAUUUUACUAUAAAGGUUUUAACCUCUACCGCCUAGGCUGGUAAAUUCCAUUUCCUUAAGGUCAUAUGUCUCAAAUGGGCUCUUGCUUUUCCUAUCUAUCGGAAAUAAAUUCUUUAGAUGAAUUCAUUUCUCAUAGUUAAAAUUAGUCUAAAACGAUACUUUGCUUGAAAGAAUGGGAAAUGCGAACGACCAUAUUUUUUUAAAUAAUACUCCCUUUGAUCAAAAUGACAGAAGUCGGUAAGCAGAGAGCCUUAUCAAAAAUAGCUGAAAUCCACGCUGGAGGAGGCACAGAACUUGUUGAAGGUUUAGAUCACGGGCUAAAAGUAAUUGAAGAUAGAAGGAUUGUCAAUCAAAUAACCUCUAUUAUUCUACUUACUGAUGGGCAAGAUAAUAACGGCAGCACCGCCUUAGAUCGUGCUAAACUCAGAGUCGAUUCAGCCAAAACCAAAAACUAUUCAAUCCAUACAUUUGGCUAUGGCUCCGAUCAUGAUGCCAAGCUUUUAAAUGCCAUUUCUGAAUGGAGAAACGGGGGUUUCUAUUAUAUUGAAAAAAAUGACUCAAUCCCAAUGGCUUUUUCUAACUGUCUUGGAGAACUCAUGUCAACUGUCGCUGACCAAAUCCAAGUAAGAUUCCAAACUCAAGCUGCAGAUAUUCCAUUUGCCCUCACCAAGGUAUACUCAGAAAGCGGUGACUCUGUAUUUUCAAUGCCUCCUGUCCUCACAGGUGACAAAAAAGAAGCCAUUUUUGUAUUAAAUUUCCCUCCUUGUCAACAACAAGUACCAGAAGGCCAUUCAAUUAGCCCAGUUAAAGGUUUUAUUACAUAUAAGCAAAUUCAGACAGGGGAAACUGUGGAAGAAGAAUGCACAAUUAAUAUCCCAAUUUUUAAUGAGAGCGCCCAAAUAGACUCUAUUGAGCUUGAUGAAGAUGUAAUGGUCAACUUUUAUAGAGUCAAAGCGGCAGCUAUAUUAAAAGAAGCUGCAGAGUUCGGGGAAAGAUCAGAUAUGGAAGGAGCAAGAAACUUGCUGCAAAGAGGAGCAGAUGAACUGAGAAAUUCAGUUGUAGCAGGCAAUGAAAUUGUGAAGCUGUUAAUAAGUGACUUGGAUGGAGCAAAAGCUAGAUUUGUGGACUAUCAGGCAUAUGAGUAUGGAGGAAGGGCUGAAAUAAAGAGCAAGGCAAGAGGACAUUGGAAUAAAAGAGCACAAAAUGCUGAGUGCUAUAUGAAUAGCUGCCAAAAAGCUAUGAACUUUUCUUCUCAAGAACAUUUCAGCAAAAAUUAA